AUGUAUCCAACAAUGUUUUUCGUUUAUUUAAUCUACGGAACGCCGACGUUUAUUUUGUAUCUCCGAGCGAUUUAUGUUAUUUGUAAACAGAGGAAGAAAUUCUCGAGCACUUUCUAUACGCUGUACACGAAUUUGUUGAUUGUGGAUUUUGCCUACGCUUUCGAUAGCUUGGCGAUCUCUUCAAAGGUUUACAUCAUCAUUGGUGGGAUUCUCAAUACUCUCUCUUUUCUCAAAUUGCUGCAAAGGAAUGCAAACGUAGCUGCUGGCAGUCGCGUGCACGAAGUGAGCCUUUUCGUCAUUGGUGUAUGCUCAUUUUUGGUGCAAGGAAUCUGUGCUUUAGUGGUGGACAAAGUCGUCAGCAAUACCAUCAAACCUGAUCCGACGCUCGCGAAUGUCAUUACAGCUCUCAAUGGCGACUGUAUGGCGUUUACCGAGGUCUACAUCGGGAUCGCUUGCAAUCAACAACUACGUCGGGCAAUCUUGGGGGCGUGUAUUGUUCAUCGUCCAAAAAGAAAGCUACGACAUUUGGCAACCUUUGGGAAUUAUGACCGGCUGUGUGUUGCUCAUUAUGUGGUCUGGAACUGUGACUGGCAAUAUGGUGAUGAGCUUGACCGCGACAAAUGGUCGACGGCCAGCUGGAACGGGAUACUGCCGUUGAUUUGUAUCAGCAGCGAACAGGCUUCAACAGCCGAGCCCACUUGUCCAGCAUGUCCAAAAGAGUGUCCCACCGAAUGGUUCUACACGGCUUCCCUUCAAACUUGCUAUAAAGUGGGCCCCGGUGAUCGAGAUUAUCAAUGGUCUGAUGGGACACCUUGGUACUACCCAAAUUGGUGUUUGCCGAUGGCUUGUGGCCGGGGCAGCGGUGCCUUCGAAGUUGCGAUUUAUGGAAAGAACUUGAAUCCA